AUGGUCUCACAGCCGCCAAAGGAGACCUCCUCUGGAGGAUCUGCUUCUCGGAAGACUCCUGACAGUGAGCUCGCCUCGUUCACCUUCCACUCUCAGCAACAAAAUGGCAGUCCCUUGGCUGGACGAACCCGAGAAAUAGACCCUCGAGUUCCUAUGGAUCCAUUCAUGGCACGCGCCUACAACCUAUUCGAAGGGGCAGAUCUCGCGGAUAGUCCGAAUUCCGUGGGAAGUCCCCCUGCUCAGUCUUUGCCUGUCUAUCUUGAUCCCACACCCGCAUCCGCACCCGUGAAUCUGAAUUACCCUGUCUCAACUCCGCCGUCGGGCUCUUACGGACGCAGCCCGUUUAGCCUGCCUUUACGGGGUCCAGCCCACACCACCUACGAUCCAUCGGCAGUUCUGGGGCCCACCUCGCACCCCCGCGAGCCUUUUGGUGUCCAGAACAACUUCGCCAGCCCUCAGAUCUCGCCGCUGCAACCCAAAGACCUACAAACUUCGUUUUGCGAUGACCGCCGGUUGCUUGUGCGCAAUGUGGACACGGACACGGAGGGCCUUGAGGUGGUCCAGCUGUUUCAAAAUCUCGCAUCUGUCAAUGGACCCUUUUGGACUACUUUGAACACGACCGGCCGCUUCUUCGUUUCCUUCUCUGACAGUAGAGAUGUCGAUGCUGCUAUUCAGCGUAUCAGUCGCGACUACAAGGAAUGGGAACUGAUUCCUCUCUCCGCAGAGGACUUUACUCGCGAUACCCGAAUGGUCAGUCCACUGCCCCUGGGCUUUGAUGACGCAGUUGUGGUCACUGUCUACUGUGGAACCUAUUCCACGAUCCAGCCUGCAAAUGUCAUCGUACGAAUCAAGCAGUUUUUGGAGUUGGCUGGCAAAGUGCGCUCGAUUCAGGAGCUCCAGUUUGGUAUUCCGUCCGAUGGAUCUCGAUUGACAACUCAUGAGCUAGCUGUCAAGUACUUCGAUUCUCGCCAUGCGGCCAAUGCAGUCAAGGCUUUGAAUGCUACUCGAACUGCGGAUUUUGUUAUGGAAGUCAUGCCACUGCAUCGCGAUAUGCCAAGCGCCAUGCAUCGUCACUGGACUUCUGUUCCCAAAACUCGUCGGCCCUCGAUGGUUUUCCCCGGCACACCAGCACGACGCAUGUAUAUGUCGCCAAGUGACCCGGACAGUCCCCCGAUUCCGGACGAACUCAAGCCCGCUCGGAACGUCAUUGACCUGAGUAAGAUUUAUUACGGUCAAGAUGGACGCACGACUGUUAUGCUUCGAAACAUACCCAACCAAAUGACUUGGGUAACGUUCCCCUCCUUCACCAACCUGGGCUCCAGAAAACUGACAAACGGAAAACAGCAACAUCUGAAACAAGUCCUCGAUCUAACCAGUGCUAACUGUUAUGAUUUCAUGUACCUGCGUAUGGGUGUCCCAGAUUUUGAUCAGAACCAGAGUGUUGGUUACGCCUUUGUUAACUUCAGCGUUCCCCUGGACAUCAUGGCGUUCAUGGAGGCUCGUGAGAGCAUGUGUUGGCCUGGAUUCGAAACCCAUGUUGAAAAAGUCGCUGAAAUGUCCUAUGCAACGGUCCAAGGCAGGGAAGCUCUUGUCGAGAAGUUCCGGAACAGCCCGGUAAUGCUCAACCAUCCGGACAAUCGUCCCAAACUCUUCCAUACUGCUGGACCUCGUACCGGUCGACUGGCCUCAUUCCCACCGGUGAACAACUUCUUUAUCCUGGCUAAGGGCGUUGAUCGAAGCAGACGAAGUGAGGGCCCCCUCCAGGUCCUGGCGGGCCCCGUGGCCCCCACUCCAUGGGUCCCUCUGGUCACCCUCGUAUGGUGUCGGUUGAUAGCAGCGAGUCCGGCGGCGUCAGACUUGAGCGUGAAACAUCGGUGCCAGUGCCAAUGUCAACCCCGAUCCGCGGACCACACAACCAUGGCGACCGUUCUAGCCAUGGCGAUCGUUCCAACCACUCCGUUCCUGGUUCACACGGCCAUCCUCGUCCUGCUGGAGCUCGUGGCAAUCAUCGCUCGGGACCUCCAGGCCCUGAUCGUGGAGCUGGAGCUGGAGCCUCGCGGCCCUGGAACAACGGUUCGCUACCUCCUCGUACCGACUAGACCGAAAUUGACCCGGAGCCAGUCAUGGGGUCACUCUCGUGGAUACGAUCUGACGAUGAACGAUUAUGGCAAUGUUAUGUAUGGCAUUUACGAUGCCGAUGGAUGA